CGAAGUACUCAUUUACUCGUGAUAAGGUUUCGCCACGCAUAUUUUAAACACCACAUAUUGGCUACAAUGAAGAGUCUCAAGUACAGGCUGAAGAAGCAUGAAGUUACCAUCACAAACACAGACUGGAACAAGUAUGACGAUCGGCUGAUGAAAGCGGUGGAUCGUGGUGAAGUGGACAAGGUGGCCGCUGUUCUCAGUAAAAAGGGCAUCAUCCCCACCAAGCUGGAUGUGGAGGGACGAUCUGCGUUCCAUGUGGCUGCAACAAGAGGACACCUAGACUGCCUCAACCUCAUCCUGGGACACAAUGUGGACAUUAUAGCAACUGAUGCCACUGGUAAAAAUGCACUUCACUUGGCUUCAAGAAAUGGACAGUCUCUGUGUGUGCAGAAGCUCUUGCAGCAUAAUUGUCCUGUUGGAAAUGUGGACCUACAAGGGAGGACAGCUCUGCAUGAUGCAGUCAUGGCAGGCUGCUCCUCCAGUGUGAAACUGCUGUGUGACAGCGGGGCCUCUGUGAAUGCCAGCGAUUUUGAUGGGAGGACACCUUUGGUGCUGGCAACCCAGAUGUGCCAUCCACGCAUCUGUCAGCUGCUGCUGGAGCGAGGGGCAGACAUCACCCUCCAAGACAAACAAAACAAGACAGCUCUGAUUCUGGGCUGUGAAUACGGCUGUAAGGAUGCAGUGGAAGUACUGCUGAGGAGUGGGGCUGACGUGACGGCAGUCGAUGGCUUGGGCCAUGACCCCUACCACUAUGCCCGCCUCAGCAAGAACCAGGAACUCGUCGCCAUGGUCAAAAGCCACCUUGACAAUGUCAACAGAGUGAAAGAGGCUGCCAAGAUGGAACAGAGGAAGAGACAGCAGUCAGUGGAGAAAUCGGAAGCGGCAGAGGCCAGCAUCAGAGAUAAGAUCAUACACGACCUGGAAAAGCAGAAUGAGAGCCAGCAGGAGAGUCUGAGGAAGUUCCAACAAGAACAGAGGGCUUUGUUAGACAGGAUUAACAUGCUCCAGCAACAGCUCACACAGGAAAAGCUAACUGUGGAGGACUCUCACAAAGAGGGGGACUACUCUGGACAGUCUGUAAUCAAAGGAAAAGAAAACAAUUUGGUCAAGCAGUCACAAAGCUUGGAUUCUGCUCAGAAUCCCAGCCCAUCGCGGUCCCAGUCCAGACCACUAGAGCUCUCCAAGGCUAGUGUAGGCUGGGAUCAAACUGGUGAAGUAGAGGCCCUUCGACAUGAGCUUGAUGCAGUGAGGAGAAGGCAACAGGAUGCUGAGGAUGAGACUAUCCGGCUUCAGUCUGCCCUGACACGCAAGAAUCAAGAGUGCCAAGAACUGGCCCAAAAUAGAGUCACCAUCCAGAAACAGGCUGAUCAGCAGAUUCAGGAAUUGGAGGAUGCCCUGAGGAAUGUCCAGAAGCGGAUGCUUGAUUCUGAGUGUAAGGUCAAGCAACUGCAAGCCCAUGUGGUAGCAGUCAAGGAGCACUUGGGAGGCCAGGGUGCUGAAGAACUCCGUGCCCAACUCCAAGAUAUCAAAACUAAGUAUGAAGGAGCUUCAGCAGAAGUGGGUCGUGUUCGAAACCGUCUCAAGCAGAGCGAGAAGGCCUUGGAGGAGUACAAGAGCAGCGAAGGCCAGUUAGCAGCUGAAACAGAAAGGUUAGGUCAGGAGAUGAGAGCUCUAACAGCAGAGAGAGAUCAACUGGCUGAAGCCCUGUUAGAAAUGGAAACCCAGAGGAAUGAGGCCCCUGCUAAACAUGGCAAUGUGGUGUCAGCUGAGAAGUUUGACAACAUGAAGAACCUGCUGACCAAUGCUGUGGAUGAGAAGGAACGGCAACUUACUGAGCUGAGGGAAGACUACGAUCGUGUUCUGGAGGAGGUUGCAGAGCUCCACCGGGAACUGGACCACUGGUCAUCCCAUGGAGGGAAAGGUACAGUAUCUUCAGAGGAACACCAGCGAAUUAGGGCAGCACUAGAGGAGCAGAAUGCAUCAUUGAAAAGGAGACUGACAGAUGUAACUGCCAAAAGCCAGGCACUAAUCCACGAUGUUGAGGAAAUUGAGGAAGAAAGAGAGAUACUACGGGAGCAAGUAGAUGAACUCAACAGCAGAAUCGAGGCAGACUUUAUAUCCCUGAAAGACCACGAAGAAACUAAAAGUAAUAUGAUCAAGGCCAUGGAGGAACUGGAGGACAAGCUAGUUGAAGCCAGUGAAAGGUAUGGAAAAGCAGAAGCACAGGUCCAGCAGCUUCAAAAUGAGAGGACCCCACUACUUGAAAACAUCACCAGUCUUCAAAGUGGCAAUGAAAAACGCCAAAAUGAAAUGGGCAACCUCGUGUCUCAAAAUGCUGACCUAGUGAAGGAGCUAGAUCUUCUGCAAAAGAGGUGUGAAGAAGGAGAGAGAAAGAUUGCACAACUCACUGCACAGACUGAGUCCUUGAACAAGAGGAUAGAGGAAGAGUAUGUGCCCAGGCACCAGCAUGAGCAAGUAAAGAUGGAGCUGGCUGCUGCUUUAGAGAAUGCCAAAGCUGAGAUAUUUAAGUUGGAGACUAAGGAAAAAGAAAGUGGGACAGAGUUGAGAAAUGUGAAAGAUGGAAGUGAUAAGUUGCAAGAAAAGUUGGAGAAGGUUUUGACCGAAAUGAAAACAGACUAUGUUAGCCUUAAAGACCAUGAAGCUGUCAAGGUAAAGUUGAGUGCUUCUGUGGUCAAGGCAGAGAGCAGAGCAAAUGACGCAUCAGAAAAGUAUGCACUGGCUCAGGAGGAAACCGUGAAGCUUAACCAAGAAUUGGAGGCCCAGAAGAAAGAACUUGACACCAUACAGGAGGCUAUCCGGUCUAAGUUUAUCCCUUUGACAGCCAUUGCAGAGAGGGAAAACGCUUAUGAAGUCAAACUUAAGGACUUGACAGCAAAGUUAUUAGAACUGGAAGAAAAGUACAGUCAAGAGAAAUUGGUGGGAGAGCACAACAAACGGGAGAAAGAAAAACUAAACAUGGAGAUGGUGUCCAUUCAGAAAAGACUAGAAGCUGCCUUUGUUACCAGUGAAAAGCAAAAGGGUAUGGAAGAAGAGUACAAGGGCAAAAUAGAGGAACUCAUUCUGAAGCUGGUAAAUCUAGAGCAGCAGUACAAGGAAGUAAAUGAGCAGAGGGAUGAACUUAAAGAGCACAAUGUCUUGGGCAACACUAAGAUCCAGGGUCUCCAACAACAACUGGAAUCACAGUUGGCUAAGCUAGAGAAGUAUGAGGCUGAGCACAGAAACCUCCAAAACACCACAGAGCAAGCUGAAGCCGAGUGCCACAAAGCAAAAGAGGCUCAACAAGUAGAAGCCCAGAAGGUCUGUUCCUUGCAGAAGGAGCUCCAGGGACGCUAUGGAGAUCAAGCUGCCAUCCUCCAACAACACACUGAGGCCAAAGAAGCUCUAGAGGCUGAAGUGGCUAAACUACAUCUGGCCCUCAGCGAGGAAGAGGAGUGUAGUGCCCAGAGGGCUGAGGAUGUAUCUGCCCUGCAGUCUGAGCUCCUGCAAGCCACCCAGGCUCUUGAGGAGCUUCGUGAUAAGGAAGACCAAAUGAGCCAUCUAAAGACUGACAAUCAACACCUGAAAGAUGAGGUUGCCAGCCUGAGUGACAGGCUCCUGAACCUUGCAGAACAGUGUAAAGAGCUCCACAGGGAGGCAGCCCAGGCUCGGGAGGGUGAAGACAGGACGAGAACAGAGAUGGAGACUGUGCAAGAGAAAGGCCAUGCUGUGGAAAGGGAAAUCAGGGAGCUGAAGAAGAGGUACGACGAAUCACUCAGCACUAUUGGUGAUCUUCAGAGAAGGAUCCAGACAUCUGCUGAGCAGACUGAAGUCAAAGACAAAAAGAUCACAGAGUUGCUAACAGACGUUGAGGGAUUGAGGCAGGCUCUGAAAGGUCUGUCCCAGCUGGCAUACGCAGGCAAUGCGCCCAACAAGAGACAGGCACAGCAUAUUGACACACUUCAAGCCCAGAUCAAGAGCCUACAGCAACAGCUGGCUGAUGCUGAGAGGCAACACAGGGAUGUGGUUUCAAUCUAUCGCACUCAUCUUCUCAGCGCGGCACAAGGUCACAUGGAUGAGGAUGUCCAAGCUGCCUUACUUCAGAUCAUCCGCAUGAGACAGGAGUUUGUGUGUUAAAGUGACCCCUGGCAAAACACGGUGCUAGCUGCUGCCUCAAAUCCAGCAUUCUCCCAUGCCUCGUUACAGAGCCUCUCCGCUGUGGCCCCUGUGGGUGCCGUGUACGUUUGUUUCUGCAGAUCUAAAACAUGUGUAAUUACCAGAAGGUUAGUGAUACUGAUUUAAACUAUUUUAGGGAAAAUGUCAAAGCAAAUGGAGGACUAAGUGAUUACUCCUUUCCAAAUCAUUUUGACUUGAUCAAGUACAGGAUCAUCUUCAUAGUUGGAUAUGAGUAAGAUGCUAUUGUCUCCUGACUAGAUUCUUGCCUUGCUUGUGUUGUCUUAACUCUCAAGAUGUACGUCGCUUUGAUGAAAUUGUGACAUUGUAUUGUAACACGUCAUACAUAUUUUUCUGUCUAAGAAAACAAGGUAAAUCUCUGCAUGGCUUUAUUGAUCAAGUAUGUUGCAAGAAUGUGGGAGACGUUUUCCAUGUUUAGGUACCCUUUUUGGUCACCCACUCUAGAGAUGUAGAGAUGUUCAUCUGAGAAGUGAGGUGGAUAUGAGGGUUGAGGUUAGAAGACUAUGUUCACAUUCCCACUCAAUUCACCUACCAUGUCUUUUUUUGUCCUAUUUUGUUCAGGCUUCUACCAAGUGUUAGAAUUUAGUCAAGUUGGAUCAUUUCAGUCCUCAAUGAUCAGUUCAAUCAUACUUUUUCAGUUUACAAGUCAGUUUUAUUUGUAUAGCCCAAUAUCACAAAUUACAAAUCUGCCUCAGGGGGCUUUACAGCAAGGGCCAAACUAAGUGCCCUUUUUUAACUGUAAAGCAACUACACAUUUUUGAAAGCUUUAAGGAGACAGCCUGCCCAAAUUUAAGAAAUACAACUUGAUAUGUAAUCAGAGCAAUUUGCCAUACUGCUAAUAAGACCAGUUCUCUAUCGUAAUACUCAGGGGUAGAUACAUUUAGUUCAGCUAUCCUUCAAAACACCCCCACAGUACACUAUUUACAUGGGAUUAUGCUGGAUUUGACUCAUAGUGUUUGGUGAAUGGAAAAUGGAGACAUAGAGAACUCUUUGCUGUGUCCAACAGUUUGCAGUGCCGCGUCCUCCUUUUGUUGAAACUAGAGUGUCCUCUUGUGGCGAGACUUGGCA